GUGUCCUAGUCCUUGUUGAAUACUCACAAUAUCUUGAAAAAUAUAUAGUAUUUAUCUUUAGAGAAUUCGUCACUUUUGUAGGAAGAAAAAAAAAAAAAUUGAACCAAACUAACACAAAAAAAAAAAAAAAAAAAAAAAGGUUUCACGCACUAAUUUAAUGCGUGAAAGGACCAGACUGCAAAAAUAAAAGUUUGGCCUUUCACACACGAAAUUCGUGCGUGAAUGAAGCCAACAAAAACUCAUGCGUGAAUAGUGUACUAAAUUAGUACUAAAUUGUUGUUCUUCAUCAUAAGUUGGCAAGUCUUCUUUAUUGACUUGUGCACUUAUCUCCCUUGCAACAGGCAGCAGCCUAUGGUCUCCCAAUGGUUGCCACAAAAAAUGGAGGACCUGUUGAUAUACAUAGGGUUCUUGACAAUGGUCUCUUAGUGGAUCCCCAUGAUCAGCAGGCAAUCGCUGAUGCUCUUUUGAAGUUGGUUGCUGAUAAGCAAUUGUGGGCUAAAUGCAGGGCAAAUGGAUUUAAAAAUAUCCACCUUUUCUCAUGGCCUGAGCACUGUAAAACUUAUCUUUCCCGGAUAGCUAGCUGCAAACCAAGGCAACCACGCUGGCUGAGAUUCGAUGAUGAUGAUGAUGAAAAUUCAGAAACAGAUUCACCUAGUGAUUCGUUGAGAGAUAUUCAUGAUAUAUCUCUGAAUUUGAGAUUUUCAUUAGAUGGUGAAAAGAAUGAUAAUAAAGAAAAUGCUGAUAAUACAUUAGACCCCGAAGCUCGAAAGAGCAAGUUAGAGAAUGCUGUUUUGUCCUGGUCUAAGGGUGCACUGAAGAGCACACCAAAAACUUGGUCGUCAGAUAAGGCCGACCAGAACUCUGGUGCUGGUAAAUUCCCAGCGAUAAGGAGGAGAAGACAUAUUUAGUACUAAUUUAGUACACUAUUCACGGAUGAGUUUUUGUUGGCCUCAUUCACGCAUGAAUUUCGUGCUUGAAAGGCCAAACUUUUAUUUUUGCAGUUCGAUCCUUUCACGCACUAAAUUAGUGUGUGAAACCUACUUAUGUUUUUUUUUUUUUUGUGUUAGUUUGAUUCAACUUUUUAUUUUUAUCCUACAAAAGUCGCGGAUUCAUCUUUAGAGGGUUCUUUGCAUUUUGGACCUUUUUGUAUGCUUUAUUUUGCAAUUCACACCCUAUCUUAUUUUUCUUAACGAUAAGCAUUUUACUU